AUGCAAUUUUGCUCGUAUUCGGAUCAUGGGAGUGCUACAGCAUACGAAUUUCUUCUUGAAUACUGCGAUGUUCGCAAUACAAUCCGUCGUGAAUAUGUACUCCCAGAUUUUUGUCGCUUGUCGCCAGAAAAUUUGAGAGAUCCUUUGCAAACUGCCAAGUCUUCGCAACUGAAGGAUGCAGUCUAUGCUGCAGAACUGAGCCUUCUCGAUGUUGUGGAUCCAUGCGACAUUGAGGAAGCGCUUGCUCAACGCCGAACAUCCGCACUAUACGACAUUUCUUCGACAACAGCCAGUCCAAGAAACAAAGAAGUUUCAAUAAAAUACACUCGUCGUGCUGUCAACUUAAUCGACAUUUGUAGAGUUAGUGAGUUUUCCGCGGAUGAUGUUGAGGUAGGAAUUGUUUCUCGAGAAUGGCCUACAGUGGAUCCACCAGUGCCGACAGAAACAAAAGAUCUGAAAAUUGAGCCAUUUUUACGGGACAUUAUCGCAUCUUUUACGGAUCAAUUCUCGCUGGUGCAAAGACGGUACCAACGGUAUGGCUCUGCUGAUGCGUAUGUUCGUAUGUUGAUUGAAAGACCCAUCAUCGUUCGUUCUACCACACAAGCGUUAAGCGUAGUUGGUGAUCAGUACCCAUACAUACCGCUCAUGUCACAAAACCAAAAGAGCGUACCAAAUUGCUGUUGGUGCAAAUCCCAGGAAAAGAUCAGCAUGUUAGCUGUCCCGAAAACUCCAAGUUGGUGGCAGCCCCUCGUUAUACGACGAUGCUCCUGCUUAUGGUCCUCUCAUUGCUGGCAUUCCUACGGUUCUCAGCAGGUUCAAUUUAAUCUACAAGGUGUCAACGCCGCCAAUAGCCGAUACGCAAUGGAUUACUUUUUUUACCAAGUUUCAUUACCAAGUUGA